AUGGCGGCGGCGGCGGCGUCUCUGGUGAUCCGUCUCUCGGCGCUCGCCGUCGUGCUCGUCGUCCUCUGCCCGACAGCGUCCGCGGUGCCGCUGGGGAAGCGGUACAGGGUCGGCGGCCCUGAAGGGUGGCGCGUGCCCCCGCCGCAGGACAAGGAGAUGUUCUACGUCAAGUGGGCGGCCCCCAUAACCUUCUUCGUCGAGGACUCUAUCGAGUUCGUGUACAAGAACGACUCGGUGAUCAAGGUGAGCAAGGCCGGAUACUAUCACUGCAACGAGACGGCGGGCAUCGGCACCGGCGCCGUGCCGAGGGACGGCAGCACGCUCUUCCUCCUCGACGCGCCAGGCUUCGCCUACUUCGCCAGCGCCGACCUCGGACACUGCAACGCCGGCGAGAGGCUGGGACCGUUCGAUUUAGUAUCACAGUUCGUUUUGAUGUAUCGUGCGCCGUCUUCUCAUGUGUCAGUUACAACAACUAUAUUUUUAUAUGCUUGUGUCUCCUUCGAUUAA